UGUUUCGUGUUUAUCUCGCGUUGUAUGAUAACCCGCACCGUUUCAUGAUGAUUAGCGAACGCCACAAAACCCUCAAUUUGCUGUCAAUAUUUUGCGGCUGGCUCUGCCUAUAUGCCGCCUGCCACGCCCCCUGUGCAGCUGAUGAGGUGUUUGAGGUUUUGCCACAAACAGCAGCCGAGGCAGCAGCCGCUGCGAAGAGGACGGCUGAGGCUGCCAGUCAACAGGAUGAAGUGAAUGUCUUGACGUUCGUAACGCCCAAUGCGACGACAGCGCCACGGGUGGACCCCAACAACAACAACGAAUGGCGACCGCUGGGCCACGGGGAUCCACUGCAGAAGGAUCCCACCUACGACUACAGUCCGCCGGCGCUGGAUCGGGUGCGCUACUGGGCGGAGAGCAAUGCGAGUAGCAGCCAGGAUGCCAGGCAGAAGCUGCCCGCGGAGCUGUUGCGCAACAAGACGAAGAGCGAAAUUCUGCUGCUGGGCGUGGCUGGCGAACGGCCCAGGCCGACGCAGCAGCAGAAGCAGCAGCACCAGUCGAUGCCAUCCAAGUAUGCGCCCAUACGCAGAAGCUACUAUGCGCCGCAGCAAAUGCAGCAGAUGCACCAGCAGCACCAGCAGCAGCAGCAGAUGCAGUUACAACAGCAGCAGAUGCUGCACAUGCCACACACGCAUCUCAUGCCGCCGCCCAUGCUGAUGAAGGGCAUGGGUCAUGUGGAGUAUCGCCACAACAUCAUCAACUCGCCCAGCAGCAGCUCCUACAUGAGCUACAGCUCGCCCAGCACCAGCAGCAGCUACAGCGGCCACAGCAGCCACAGCAAGCCCUCCAGCAGCACCACGCACUACUACAGCAGCACCUCGAGUGCCACGGCGCCCUGGUAUACGCACUCCCAGCCGAGCCUCUCCAGCCUGUCUAGCCUCUCCAGCAUGUCCGGCAUGUCCGGCAUGUCCAGUCUGUCCAGCAUGGGCGUAACGCAGCCGCAUCGCAUGAGCUAUGCGGAUGCCCAUCACCAGGAGUCCAUGCAGCACUACAGCUUCUCCAGGCCACAAACCGCGAGCUAUGCCCCCAACUCGAUCCAUGGGCAUGGCUCGGGCACCAAGCCCGUGCGCAAGCCCUGGCUGCACGAGCUGCUGCAGAAGGAGCUGGUCAAGCCGACCAUGAAGCAGCGCAUGAAGCCCACAAUGCCGGCGACCAAGUAUCUAAUGGGCACCACCAAGCCGCAGUCGAUGGCCAGCGCCACACGGCCGCCCUUCACCUAUGCGCCCGUCACCUUUGUGCCUGGUCCACCCACUGUGGCCACGGCCACGGCGAGCAGCACCCAGGCUGAGCUGUAUGUAACGCCCACGAUGGCCAUGCCCACGGCCAGCGUCGGCUUUCGACCCAUGCUCAUGUCCAGCGCUCAGCCAACGGCACCAGCUACAACAACAACAACAACAAGCACAGCUUUGCCCAUUUAUAGGAAUCCCACCACGACGACGACGACAGCGACGACGAGGACGACGAUGAGCAGUUCUCGGCUAAUGAUACCACAAACGAGCAAUCUGGCCCAGCGACCCACUGUGGCGCCCGCCUUGGAGCUAACCACCGAUGCGCUCUUCUCGCACUACAAACAGCCGCCCAAGCCGCUGCUCGGACCGAUGUAUCUCAUUAUCGAAGGUCACUCGAAGGUCAAGACAUAUGGACAGAACGAACUGGAUCCGCACAGUCCCAAAAUUGUGCCCGUCAUCUCGAAGCGUGAGCCAGUGGUGCGAAUUGCGGAUCCCAACGAGAAGCGCGGAACAGUCGAGAGUUAUCAGGUGAAGCAUUUGCAUACAAAGACAAUGCCAACAACAACAACAACUACAACAAGAGCAACUACAAGAGCAACAACAACAACAACAAGAGCAACCACAGCGCCAACCACAGUGCGGCCUCGUCUAAGCGCCACAACAACGCCAGCUGCAGCCUCGACUAUCCAGAGUCCGGCAGCGAAUGGUGGUGGGGUUCAUGAUCUGCUUAGCCUGCUGGACAACAUGUUUGCCGAUGCGCAAGAUAUAGUCUCGACCAGCUCGCUGGCCACGCCCACAAUGGGCAGCAGCAGCACCGUCUUGAAGCCGGUGACAAUAAAGACGAAGCUGCAGCCGCAGCAGCCAGAGCCGCGCAUAGGCAGCCAAGGGGCGAGCAUAGAGAGUCUGCUGGAGACUGCUGACACUAAUGAUGAUGAUGAUGAUGAUGAUAAUGAGAAGGUCAAAAAUGGUUCACAGAUCGCGACCAGCACGGAGCCUGAACAGCCGCCGCGUGCUACCCGGCAAAUCUUUGACUAUGAUCAAUUGCCCGAGUCGCGUAUUAAGGCCGAGGCCAAAGACGAAGCUGACUACAAUGAUGAUGAUGAUGAUGCUGACGAUGAUGAUGAGGAGGCUGGCGAGUUGUUAGAGGAUGGCGAACUGGACAAUCUGGAAGAUGUGAGUGAAGACGAGACGUCAGAUAGUGAACAUAAUUUACUCAAACGCAUCGAUAAAUUUGUCGAUGAUGUGGACGAUGAUGGCGAUGAUGAUUUGGACGACUUGAUUGAGGGUCUAGCACCUGGCCAAGCUAACGACGACGAUGACGACGAYGACGACGGCGACGAUGUCGAGCAGCGUCAUAAACAUUAAUUCAGCAUUUUUUUUUGUGUGUUUCUAAAAACUGCGCUCUAUACCAAAUCUAUCAGAAAAUUUUCAUACACCUAAUUAUUUAAAUUGUAAAUAAUAGUAAGCUUUAAAGAAGUUGAUGCUGCUAGCUUGUAGUCUUUUAAUAUCAUGUAUUGUUUGUUGUUCGUAUUGUAAUUUAAAUUAAAUUAUCGAAAAAUGUCUUGUUUUUUAGUUGU